CCCGUCGUCACAACGCGUUUGGCCGUGUGCAGGACGAGGAGGACGCAGCCGGGGCGCGCUCGAUAUCGUAUUAUUAUUAUAUCGCAUUUUGUAUAAAAUACGUUCGACGACGGUUUUUCACACACACGCGCGCGCGCCACAAAGCGUUUAUAUAGAUCCUUUGCGCGACCGGUCGCACCCUCAGUCGUCCCUUGUACGCGGCUUGGCACAUAGGUUUACCCACACGCCGCAGCUGAACUUUGGCAUUUUCGAGAGACUUGGACAGAGAUAGAGAGCGAGCGAGUGACGGACAUCACACGGCGCAUCACGAUAAUCUCUCCCUGAUCGACGGCGUUCCGGCGUAGAAGACCGAUAACAUUGUACGUGGUCACGUCAACUCAUACUGUGCGCGGAGUAGGUUAUGACCGAAAAACAAAUGGUGAAAGACGCGGAAAAACAGGCGCCCACGCCUCAAAACCAGAGCCUCAACGGAAGACUGUUGUUCGCCAUCAUAGCUUCGGCUUUCGGUUCGGCAUUCCAACAUGGGUACAACACAGGCGUGGUGAAUGCUCCCCAAGCGCUGAUCGAAAAAUGGAUUAGCGGUGUGAUAUCCGGCAGAAACGACGGCAAGCCAACGGACCAAACACAAGUGACAUUGAUAUGGGCCAUUGCGGUGUCGAUAUUCUGUGUCGGCGGUAUGGUCGGCGGUCUGAGUACAGGCUUCGUGGCCGAGAAGUUUGGUCGCAAGGGCGGUUUGCUAGUGGCCAACGCACUGGUCAUCCUGUCGGCUGCACUCCAAGGCGUUUCAAAGAUGUACUCAUCGUACGAACUAAUCAUCAUCGGACGUUUUAUCAUCGGUAUCAACUCCGGACUUAACGCUGGUCUGACCCCAAUGUACUUGGCCGAGAUCUCUCCCAUGAAUUUACGUGGAUCCGUCGGAACCGUUUACCAACUGGUCGUUACCAUUUCGAUUUUGAUUUCCCAAAUAUUGGGUUUGGACUACAUUUUGGGUACAGCUGAUCUUUGGCCAAUACUGUUGGCCUUAAUCAUCGCGCCAGCCAUAUUCAUGUUCGCCACAUUGCCUUUCUGCCCCGAAUCACCAAAGUACACGCUGAUCAACAAGAAGAAAGACAUCGAAGCCGAGAGAGGACUGCAGUGGCUGAGAGGAACGAUCGAAGUGCACGACGAGAUGGAUGAAAUGAGAGCCGAAAACGAGGCGAUGAAGGUCAUCCCAAGAGUAACUCUUCGUGAGAUGUUGUCGAACCCGAUGUUGAAAACUCCACUAGGAAUAUCUGUGAUGAUCAUGUUGUGCCAACAGUUGUCCGGUAUCAACGCCGUCAUGUUCUUCUCCACGAAAAUCUUCAAUAUGGCUGGGAUGAGCAAUGAUGGAGCCAAAUACGCCACGCUCGGCAUGGGAACACUCAACGUGAUAAUGACGCUGAUCUCUCUAUUUUUGGUUGAACUCACUGGACGAAAGACUCUGUUAAUGAUUGGAUUCUCUUCCAUGUUCGUCGUCACCGUUAUGCUUACUAUCGCUCUGAUGUUUGUGAAUGUCAGUUCCAUUGUGUCCGGUUUGGCCGUGGUACUCGUCAUGGCCUUCGUCAUCGCGUUCGCCGUCGGUCCAGGAUCCAUCCCGUGGUUCUUGGUCUCCGAAUUGUUCAACUCGUCUGCCCGACCAUUGGCCACCAGCAUAGCCGUCGGAGUCAACUGGACGGCCAAUUUCGUCGUCGGUCUGGGUUUCCUACCUCUGCAGGAAAUGUUGCAGUCAAACGUGUUCCUCAUAUUCGUCGUGUUGCUCGCGCUGUUCGUGUUGUACGUGUACAAAAAAGUUCCAGAAACCAAGAACAAGACUUUGGAAGAGAUUCAAAUGGGUUUCAGACAGGAAUCGUACAAAUAAUCAGGCGCGUCCUGUGUUACAUAGUAGUAAUAAUAAUAAUACUAUGACACCACCGAGAAAAAGAUUCCUCAGCCAGAAGCUAUAUAAUAUAAUACAAAUACAUAUAUUAUAUAUAUAUAUUAUACGAGUACCUUUUUCAUUACAAUAUAAAAAAAUAUUUAUGUGGUAAAAAAAAAAAAAUUUAAAUCAUCAUAUUAUACAGUUGUAAUUAGUUAAAUUCAACCCCCUCCCCUCUGCCCUAUAUAUUAUUAUGUUAAUGAUUGUACGUGUUGCAUGUUGCACCCCGAAAACACAUUACCCGCAUGAAAUAAUAGAUUCUAUAUUUUAUACCGCGUCCGUUUUUCCUGCGCCGCCCACAGUUUUAUAGUGGUCAUCAACCGAAUUCGAUAAGUGAGAAAUCUUCCAUUUCAGUAACCACCUGUUUUUUCAUCCAGAUAACAUUUUAUUUUAUUCUCGAAGAUAGUAUAUUAUGCAUAUUAUUAUGGUUUUAUUUUAUUUUUUUUUUUUUAUGUUCUCUGUUAGAAUCAUAAACAUUUUUUGCCAAUAGUUUUAAUACUCGUAAAAUUGAAUUAUUUUUUCACGGGUAAAGAUUAUAAUAAUAUUUUAAUUUAUUUUAUUAUAUUUUUUUUUUUUUUGUGUAUUUUUUAUGAAAUAAAAGUGUAAUUAAUUUUA